AGACAGAGGACAUGGAGGGCAUUUCAAAAAGCCUCGAAAAUUCUUAAAACCCCAAUAGAGCUUUCACGAUUUCCCUCUCAAAAUUCCUGGCGCCUCUAAUUCCUAGGGUUUCAAAACCCACCGUCUCCCUCUCUCUCUCUCUCUCUCUCCCUUUAUCUCUCUAGAUCCAAUCUCUGCGGUUUCAACCAUCUACUCUCUUCACAUUCAUUUCCGUCAAAACCCUAGAUUUUUCUCGGGAAAAUUUUGGCGAUGGCAAUCAAUCUGACGGACGGUGCGAUAGCGAUACUGUCGAGUGGGGAAGCUCAAGGGACCGAUGUGAAGCCAGUGCUUCAAGUCGCGGACAUUAGGUUAGUGAACACACAGCACCAAUCGAACAACGAAAGGUAUCGAAUUUUGCUGUCGGAUGGGUUGCAUCUUCAGCAGGGGAUGCUCGCGACGCAGAAGAACGAUUUGGUCAGAUCCCAGAAGUUGCAGAAGGGUUCUGUUGUUCAACUCACUCAGUUCGUCUGCAAUAUCAUCCAGAAACGCAUGAUUAUUAUUAUCAUCGACUUGGAUGUGAUACUUGAAAAGUGUGAUCCUAUUGGCGAACCAAAACAGUAUGAUCGCCCUGAUAGUAAUAGUAGUCCUGCUCCAGUGGCAAGAUCUGCUCCAGUACAGUCUUACCUGGAUCAGCCAGGGACAGUUGCUGGUAAUCCUCCAUCUUAUACUGGUGGUUCUCUUGCUGGUGGCUCAAUUACUAAACCAAAUGUAGCUGGGGGAACUCUUCCACUCAACCCUAAAAUAGAGCAUGGUGCAGGGUCACACUCCUAUGAUAAUUCUUUUGCCAACAAUUCUGAAUCAGGACGAUAUAAUGCGAUUAAUAAUAGUGCUGGGAUUUCGCGGCCUCCUCUAAAUAAUAGUUAUGUGCGUCCUCAGGUAGGAUAUCAACAGCCACCUCCAAUGUACACAAACAGAGGACCUGUAGCUAAGAAUGAAGCUCCUGCGAGGAUUAUUCCUAUUGCUGCUUUGAAUCCAUAUCAGGGUAGGUGGACAAUCAAGGCCAGAGUGACAGCAAAGGGGGAUCUUAGGCACUACAAUAAUCCUCGGGGGGAUGGUAAAGUAUUCUCUUUCGAUCUUCUUGAUUCUGAUGGAGGAGAAAUUCGCGUGACCUGCUUCAAUGCUGUUGCUGAUCAAUUCUACAACCAAAUUGAGCAUGGUAAAGUGUAUUUGAUUUCCAAAGGAAGCUUGAAACCUGCUCAAAAGGCUUUCAAUCACCUUCGUAAUGAUCACGAAAUUUUCCUGGAGAGUACAUCAACAGUGCAACCUUGCUUUGAGGAUGACAAGUCAAUUCCACAGCAACAAUUUCAUUUCCGUCCUAUAAGUGAUGUUGAAGGAAUGGAGAACAACAAUGUUGUGGAUGUGAUUGGAGUGGUGUCUUUUGUCGGUCCCACUAGUUCAAUAAUGAGAAAAAAUGGUACUGAAACUCAAAGAAGAGUCCUCCAGUUAAAAGACAUGUCUGGCCGAAGUGUUGAAUUAACUUUGUGGGGAAAUUUCUGCAAUGCAGAAGGACUUACAUUGCAAAAUAUGUGUGAUUCUGGGGUAUUUCCUGUUCUGGCCGUGAAAUCUGGUAGAGUCAGUGAUUUUAAUGGGAAGGCAGUGGGGACCAUAUUUACGAGUCAGCUCUUCAUAGAACCAGACUUUCCAGAGGCUCACAGGUUGAAAGAAUGGUUUGAAAAGGAAGGUAAAAAUACCCCAGCUGUCUCUAUAUCCAGGGAGACAACAAAUAUGGGCAGGACAGAUGUCCGAAAGACUAUCUCUCAGAUAAAAGAUGAAAAGCUGGGAACUUCUGAGAAGCCAGAUUGGAUAACUGUUAGUGCUACUCUUUCGUUCAUAAAAGUUGACAAUUUCUGUUAUACAGCAUGUCCCAUCAUGAUUGGGGAUCGGCAAUGCAACAAGAAGGUUACGAACAAUGGGGAUGGGAAAUGGCGGUGUGAUAGGUGUGAUCAAUUGGUUGAUGAGUGUGACUACAGGUAUAUUCUUCAGUUUCAGAUACAGGACCAUACCGGCUUAACAUGGGUUUCUGCAUUUCAGGAAAGUGGUGAGGAGGUCAUGGGCAUAUCUGCGAAGGAUAUGUAUUAUAUGAAAUACGAAGAGCAAGAUGACGAGAGAUUUGGAGAAAUUGUGCGUAAGGUUCUGUUUAAUAAAUAUAUAUUUAAGCUGAAGGUGAAGGAGGAAACAUUUAGUGAUGAACAACGUGUAAAGUCGACGGUGGUCAAGGCAGAGAAGGUUAAUUUCUCAUCAGAGUCCAGGUUCCUUCUGGAUUUGAUGGAUAAGCUGAAAGUGGAUAGCAGCAGCUCUCUAGGUCCAAAGGCAGAUAACAUCAUCCCGAGCACUGGAUUAAAUAGUACUGGAUAUGUUAAUGCUGGAAUUAGACAAUCUGCAUCACCUGUAGUGAAUUAUAUGGGUAGCAAUGCUAAUAAAGAAACUGGAUUACCAGCAAAUCAGGUGGGUCAGUAUGGGAACCAAUAUGGUAGUUCUAGGCCUACUGCAUCUGGCUCCACUGGCAUGUAUCUGAGCUGUAACAGCUGCGGUGCUACUGGGCAUAGCUCUACAAACUGCCCUAGUGUUAUGAGUGGCCAGGGACAGUCUUACAGAGGUGGCUUUGUUAAUAAUGCAUCUGCUGGUGCAGGUGCCUCUGGUGAGUGCUAUAAAUGCCAUCAAAUUGGGCAUUGGGCAAGAGAUUGUCCUGGUUUGAGCAGUGCUCCCCCAGCUUACGGAAGUGGCAAUGGGGCAGGAGCCGUUGGCAACUCUAAUGAGUGCUAUAACUGCCAUCAGUUUGGGCAUUGGGCAAAAGAUUGUCCUGGUGUGAGCAAUGCUCCCCCAGCUUAUGGAAGUGGUAGCAGCGUUACACCUGGAAGGUAUGGCGGUGUUCCAAAGCAACGGGUAGGUGGCUUUUGAGUUUAGUAGCUGGAAACGAACUACAACUCUGUACAAAUAGAUGAUGCAUGUUAUAUGAAGAUGUGUUCCAGCCAAUGUAUUUUGAAUCGAGGAGUCUUUGUUGCUGUGUUUCCUCUGGACAGCAGCCGGUUGGAACCAUGAUUUGGCAUUCCAAGUAAUAAUAGUUUUGAGUUAAAAUUUUAUUUCAUGAUGUAAGCAUGUUUUAGGCUUGAUGGCCUGGUUUGUGAACAAAUCUUGUGAAGUAUGUUACUUCCCUUUCUUGUUCCUGUAAAUUAUUUCCCAUAAGUUCUAUAUGGUUUCUUGACAUCA